AUGGCCCAACUAGAUACGAUGGACAUCCUCGUCCUGGUGGUGCUACUGUUGGGCACGCUCGCCUACUUCACCAAGGGUAAAUACUGGGCUGUUCAGAAGGAUCCCUAUGCCACCUCGCUUGCAAACGGCACUGUCGGCAAGGCGGGCAAGAGCAGGAACAUCCUCGAGAAGAUGGACGAGUCCGGCAAGAACUGUGUCAUCUUCUAUGGAUCGCAGACGGGCACUGCCGAGGACUAUGCAUCUCGGCUGGCAAAGGAAGGUUCGUCUCGCUUCGGCCUAAAGACGAUGACGGCGGACUUAGAGGAUUACGACUACGACAAUCUCGAUCAAUUCCCCGAGGACAAGGUGGCCUUCUUCGUCCUUGCCACGUACGGCGAGGGUGAGCCGACAGACAACGCCGUGGAGUUCUACGAAUUCAUCAGUAGCGAGGAUGUGUCGUUCAGCGAGAAGGGUGGGAUUGAGGAGAAGGCGCUGGGGGGCCUACAAUAUGUCGCAUUCGGUCUAGGUAACAACACGUACGAGCACUAUAACUCCAUGGUUCGCAACCUCACGAAGUUCAUGGACCGCCUUGGCGCUAAACGCAUCGGAGACGCUGGGGAGGGUGACGAUGGCGCUGGCACAAUGGAAGAAGAUUUCCUGGCCUGGAAGGAACCGAUGUGGGCUGCAUUGAGCUCGGCGAUGAACCUUGAGGAGCGCGAAGCAGUCUACGAGCCGGUAUAUGAGGUCACGGAGAAGCCAGAUAUGAGCGCGGAUGACGACCUUGUGUACCUGGGCGAGCCGAACAAGAACCACUUGGAAGGUCACUCCAAAGGUCCGUACAAUGCGCAUAACCCAUAUAUUGCGCCCAUUGCAGAGUCGAAGGAGCUUUUCAAUGACAAGACACGCAACUGCUUGCAUAUGGAGAUUGACGUUUCUGGCUCAAACCUGUCGUACACCACCGGCGAUCACAUCGCCAUCUGGCCUACGAAUGCCGGCAAGGAGGUCGAUCGGUUCCUGAACAUUCUUGGGUUGACCGACAAGCGGCAUAUGGUCAUUGCUGUAAAAGGCCUGGACGCCACUGCAAAGGUACCCUUCCCAUCUCCAACCACAUAUGACACUGUGGUGCGGUACCACCUCGAGAUUUGUGCUGGCCUUUCUCGCCAAUUCGUGUCGUCUCUUGCCCAGUUUGCGCCGAACGAGACCAUCAAAGCCGAAAUCACCAAGAUUGGCAGCGACAAGGACUACUUUCACGAGCAUGCCGCAUCCAAGAACUACAACAUUGCGCAGUUCCUCGAGGCAAUGGGUAAUGGCGAGAAGUGGACGAAGAUCCCAUUUACACUUUUCAUCGAAUCUCUGAACAAGAUCCAACCACGAUACUACUCCAUCUCCUCCAGCUCGCUAGUCCAGGAUAAGAAGAUCUCCAUCACUGCCGUUGUCGAAUCGCUCGAGGCCGUGGGUGCACCGCAUGUCGUAAAGGGCGUCACGACCAACUACCUGCUUGCUCUGAAGCAGAAGCAACACGGUGAUCCCCACCCGGAUCCUCAUGGCCUGGACUACGCGAUCGGCGGUCCACGCAACAAGUACGAUGGCAUCCACGUUCCGGUCCACGUCCGGCACUCCAACUUCAAGCUUCCGUCAGACCCAUCAAGACCUGUCAUAAUGGUGGGUCCUGGUACCGGCGUUGCCCCGUUCCGUGGUUUCGUGCAGGAACGGGCACAGCAGGCUAAGAACGGUGAGAACGUGGGCAAGACAAUCUUGUUCUUCGGUUGCCGCAACUCGCGUGAUGAUUUCUUGUACGCAGACGAAUGGAAGCAAUACGCGGAAGAUAUGGGCGACAAGUUUGAGCUCGUCACCGCCUUCUCGCGAGAAGGACCAAACAAGGUUUACGUGCAGCACCGCCUCAAGGAAAAGGCUGAGGAGGUCAACAAGCUGCUUGAGCAGAAGGGUUACUUCUACGUCUGCGGUGAUGCCGCAAACAUGGCACGUGAGGUCAACGAGGUGCUGGCACAAAUUAUAUCGGAGCAAAGAGGUAUUCCGAAGGAGAAGGCAGAGAGCAUUGUGAAGCAGAUGCGGACGAGCAACCUCUACCAAGAGGAUGUCUGGUCGUGA